AUGUUCUCUUCAAGAAUAUCACGAAGCGUCAUGCCGCGGGCAACCGCUGGCCUUCGCCGUGUGCAGCCCUCCGCUUUCAGAUCGCCAUUCCUUGCGCGAGGAUACGCAGAGGGUUCUGAUGAGAAGGUGAAGGGUGCCGUUAUCGGUAUUGAUUUGGGUACCACCAACUCGGCCGUGGCCGUUAUGGAGGGCAAGGUCCCGCGCAUCAUCGAAAACUCAGAAGGUACCCGAACAACGCCUUCCGUCGUCGGUUUCACCAAGGAUGGCGAGCGUCUGGUUGGUGUCGCUGCGAAGCGUCAGGCCGUCGUCAACCCUGAGAACACCCUCUUCGCGACCAAGCGUCUCAUCGGUCGCAAGUUCACCGACGCUGAGGUUCAGCGCGAUAUCCAGCAGGUACCCUACAAGAUCGUCCAGCACUCCAACGGUGAUGCUUGGCUCGAGGCUCAGGGCCAGAAGUACUCGCCCUCCCAGAUUGGUGGUUUCGUUCUCGGAAAGAUGAAGGAAACCGCUGAGGCAUACAUGGGCAAGAACAUCAAGAACGCUGUUGUUACCGUUCCUGCCUACUUCAACGACUCUCAGCGUCAGGCCACCAAGGACGCUGGUCAGAUUGCCGGUCUUAACGUUCUCCGUGUCGUUAACGAGCCUACCGCUGCUGCCCUAGCCUACGGUCUUGACAAGUCCACCGACAGCGUCAUCGCCGUCUACGACCUUGGAGGUGGUACCUUCGAUAUCUCCAUCCUCGAGAUCCAGAACGGUGUCUUCGAGGUCAAGUCCACCAAUGGUGACACCCAUCUCGGUGGUGAAGACUUCGAUAUCACCCUCGUCCGCCACUUCGUCAACGCCUUCAAGAAGGAGCAAGGCAUCGACCUGAGCAACGACCGCAUGGCUAUCCAGCGUAUCCGUGAGGCCGCUGAGAAGGCCAAGAUUGAGCUUUCGUCCUCUUCCCAGACCGACGUCAACCUGCCCUUCAUCACCGCCGACGCUUCCGGCCCCAAGCACAUUAACCAGAAGAUGACCCGCGCCCAGCUCGAGAAGUUGGUCGACCCGCUCAUCUCCAAGACCGUUGAGCCCGUCCGCAAGGCCCUCAAGGAUGCCAACCUCCAGGCCAAGGACAUCCAGGAGGUCAUCCUUGUUGGUGGCAUGACCCGUAUGCCCAAGGUCACCGAGUCCGUCAAGAGCAUCUUUGGCCGCGACCCCGCCAAGUCGGUCAACCCCGACGAGGCUGUCGCCAUUGGUGCCGCUAUCCAGGGUGCCGUCCUUGCUGGUGAGGUCACUGACAUUCUGCUUCUCGAUGUCACUCCCCUUUCUCUCGGUAUCGAGACCCUCGGUGGUGUCUUCACCCGUCUGAUCAACCGCAACACCACCAUCCCCACCAAGAAGUCCCAGGUCUUCUCCACCGCCGCUGACUUCCAGAGCGCCGUUGAGAUCAAGGUCUUCCAGGGUGAGCGUGAGCUUGUCCGUGACAACAAGCUGUUGGGCAACUUCCAGCUUGUCGGUAUUCCUCCGGCUCACCGUGGUGUUCCCCAGAUCGAGGUUACCUUUGACAUCGAUGCCGACUCCAUCGUCCACGUACACGCAAAGGACAAGUCCACCAACAAGGACCAGUCGAUCACUAUCGCCUCCGGCUCCGGUCUCUCCGACUCUGAGAUCGAGUCCAUGGUCAGCGAUGCUGAGCGCUACGGCGACCAGGACAAGCAGCGCAAGGCCGCCAUUGAGGCUGCCAACCGCGCCGACAGCGUUGUCAACGAUACCGAGAAGGCCCUCAAGGAGUUCGAGGACCGUCUCGACAAGACCGAGGCUGAGAAGAUUAAGGAGAAGAUCAACGAUGUCCGCGAGAAGAUCGCCAACAGCCAGUCUGGCGAGGGCGAUCUCACUGCUGAGCAGAUCAAGGAGCUUACCGACGACCUCCAGAACGCUUCCCUGACCCUCUUCGAUCAGAUGCACAAGGCUCGCAACGAGAGCCAGAACCAGCAGCAGGAGCAGAAGCCUGAGGGUGAGGGCGAGAAGAAGCAGUAA